CCGCCCGCGGCGUGGGGGCGGCCGCCGGGCGCGGUCGCGGCGCGGAGCCGGAUCCCCGCGGGGGAGAGGUGCAGCAGCCCGCGGAGGCCGGCGGGCGGGCAGGAGGCUGAGAUAGCCGGACAGGCAGGCAGGCAGUCGGAAGGAGGCGAGGGACGAUUUGGACAUGCUCAUUCUCGGGCGCUUGGUUGCCUGCAUCCAGCUCAUCUGUAUCCUCAGAGUGGAUUUGCUGUACGGAUACUACAGACAACAGAGGAAAUUGAUUGAAGAGAUUGAUUGGUCAUAUACAGGAACUUUGAACCAAAAGAACUGGGGCAAGAAAUAUUCUGCCUGUAAUGGUGCCAAACAAUCACCUAUUAAUAUAGAUGAAGACCUUACCCAAGUUAAUGUGAAUCUGAAGAAACUUAAAUUCCAUGGCUGGGAAAAGGAAACUUUGGAAGAUACUUUCAUCCGCAACACUGGCAAAACAGUGGAAAUUAACCUGACAAGUGAUUAUUAUGUGAGUGGAGGUGGGUUAGACACCAUAUUCAAAGCAAGCAAGAUCAUUUUUCACUGGGGAAAAUGCAAUGCGUCAUCAGAUGGAUCAGAACAUAGUCUAGAAGGACAAAAAUUUCCUCUUGAGAUGCAAAUCUACUGCUAUGAUGCAGAUGAAUUUACAGAUUUUGAAGAGGCAGUUAAAGGAAGUGGAAAGUUAAGAGCUUUAUCAAUUUUGUUUGAGAUUGGACUAGAAGAUAAUCCAGAUUAUAAUCCAAUCAUUAAUGGAGUAGAUAGUGUUAGUCGUUUUGGAAAACAGGCCGCCUUAGAACCAUUUAUUUUGCUAAAUCUCUUGCCAAAUGCAACAGACAAAUAUUACACUUAUAAUGGGUCUCUAUCAGCUCCUCCAUGCUCUGAAACAGUUGAAUGGAUUGUGUUUAAAGAUACCAUAAGUAUUUCUGAAAACCAGUUAGCUGUAUUCUGUGAAGUGCUUACAAUGCAGCAGUCUGGUUAUGUUAUGCUGAUGGACUACCUGCAAAACAACUUCAGAGAACAGCAAUAUAAGUUCUUCGGGCAAGUCUUUUCCUCUUACACUGGACAAGAAGAAAUUCAUGAAGCAGUUUGCAGUUCAGAACCUGAAAAUGUUCAAUCUGAUCCAAAGAAUUAUACUAGUCUUCUUGUUACAUGGGAAAGGCCUCGCAUUGUAUACGACACCACAAUUGAGAGAUUUGCUGUCUUUUAUCAACAGCUGGAUGGAGAAGACCAGACUAAGCACGAGUUUCUGACAGAUGGGUAUCAGGACUUGGGGGCUAUUCUAAAUAAUCUGCUGCCCAAUACAAGUUAUGUUCUUCAGAUAGUUGCUGUUUGCUCUAAUGGUCUGUAUGGGAAAUACAGUGACCAAGUUAUUGUCGAUAUGCCUUUAGAGGACUCAGAGGCUGACCUCAUUCCUGAACUGAGUGAAGCUGAAGAAUAUGAGGAUGAAGUUGAUGAAAAGGAAAUAGAGGUGGAUGAAGAAACUGCAGUGGUUCCUAGCACUGACAGUACAAUGAACCAAGUGAGGAGAGAUUUUCAGGUGAUUACAUCCAGCUACAGUCAAGAAAAAAUGGGAACAAAACCCAGUGAAGCCAAAACAAAUAGAUACUUAACAAGAGAAGAAUUGCAUGGUAAGGAUAAUGUUUUCAAAGCAGUUUAUUAUGUUACUUCUCCAUCUAUUGAUGAAAUUUCUGAAGAGGAAGAUCCUUUUUUGGAAUCCCAAACAAUUACUGGAAUUCCUCCUCAACUCAUUGACUCCACCAGAGGCGGAGAAGAAGAGUUUAUAUAUCUUUCUUCAGGCACUGAGCCAACAAGAACAACCACCACUGGUCACAGUGACAAAGAUGUCUUAUUGUCUUCUUCUAAACCUCAUCAGGAAUCUGAUGACUUUUGGAGUUCAGUUCCUACUACUUCUUCAUCACAGCUGGUUACAGAGGAGACCUCUCAAGAAGAUACCCUUCCUUCAGGAAGUCCAGAUAUAAGUGUGCAUGAUGUUCUUAACCAAGGCUCCAUUAAAUAUGUUUCAGAAGUCGUAGCACUGUCAAGCUCCGUUGAGCCUCCAAAGCAUACUUCCACUGAUGGAAAUUUAUGGUUUCAUAACACUACAGAUCAAACAACUCAAUCUGUUGAUACAUCGCCUAGCGGGCCAUUGUCUCAGAGCAGCUACACUGAUGCUUAUAUGGAGGGAUUACAGCCAACCACAGUACCCUAUGCAAGCAGCCCAGUGGUUCCACAAGACACUUCAGAUGCGGAUUUAGAAUUGCCACAUUAUUCUACCUUUGCUUUCCCCUCUGCUGAAUUAUCACCUCACUCUAUCUCUUCAAGCUCUGGAGAAUAUGGUUCUGCUUCUGCUGCCAGUGAGGUACUCUCUCAGACAACUCAACCAGUCUAUAAUGAGGCAAGUAAUAUUAGCCAUGAGUCUCGUAUUGGUCUAGCUGAGAGUCUGGAAUCAGAGAAGAAGACAGUUAUACCACUUGUGGUCGUAUCAGCCCUGACUUUUAUCUGUCUAGUGAUUCUUGUGGGUAUUCUCAUUUACUGGAGGAAAUGUUUCCAGACCGCUCAUUUUUAUUUAGAAGAUAAUACAUCCCCUAGAGUGAUUUCUGCUCCCCCAGCUCCAGUCUUCCCAGUCUCAGAUGAUGUUGGAGCAAUUCCAAUAAAGCAUUUUCCCAAACAUGUUGCAGAUUUACAUGCAAGUAAUGGUUUUUCUGAAGAAUUUGAGGAAAUCCAGAGCUGUACUGUAGAUCUAGGUAUUACAUCAGACACCUCUAAUCACCCUGAGAACAAGAAUAAGAAUCGAUACAUAAACAUUGUGGCUUAUGAUCAUACUAGGGUUAAGUUAGCACAGCUUGCUGAAAAGGAUGGAAAACUGACUGAUUACAUUAAUGCCAACUACGUCGAUGGUUACAACAAGCCAAAAGCCUACAUUGCAGCUCAAGGGCCACUAAAAUCAACAGCAGAAGAUUUCUGGAGAAUGAUAUGGGAACAUAACGUGGAAGUUAUUGUGAUGAUAACUAAUCUCAUUGAGAAAGGAAGGAGAAAAUGUGACCAGUACUGGCCUGACGAAGGUAGUGAAGAAUAUGGGAACUUCUUGGUUACUCAGAAGAGCGUUCAUGUACUUGCCUAUUACACUGUGAGGAAUUUUACUCUUAGAAACACCAAGAUCAAAAAGGGCUCCCAGAAAGGGAGGUCUAGUGGACGUGUAGUGACUCAGUACCAUUAUACCCAGUGGCCUGACAUGGGUGUUCCAGAAUACACACUGCCUGUUCUCACCUUCGUGCGGAAGGCAUCACAUGCGAAGCACCACGCUGUUGGGCCUGUUGUGGUUCAUUGCAGUGCUGGUGUUGGAAGGACAGGCACAUACAUAGUGUUAGACAGCAUGCUGCAGCAAAUUCAACAUGAAGGGACAGUGAACAUAUUUGGAUUCUUAAAACACAUACGUACCCAAAGGAACUACUUGGUGCAGACUGAGGAGCAAUAUAUCUUCAUUCAUGAUGCACUGGUUGAAGCAAUACUCAGCAAAGAAACAGAAGUCCUUGAGACUCACAUUCAUGCCUAUGUUAAUGCUCUCUUGAUACCUGGACCAACAGGAAAGACCAGACUGGAGAAACAGUUCAAGUUACUGAGCCAGUCUAACACACAGCAGUGUGAUUAUUCAACUGCACUCAAACAAUGUAACAGAGAAAAGAACCGAACCUCAUCUAUCAUUCCUGUGGAAAGAUCUAGAGUGGGUAUCUCAUCACUAUCUGGUGAAGGCACGGACUACAUCAAUGCUUCCUAUAUUAUGGGUUAUUAUCAAAGUAAUGAAUUCAUUAUUACUCAGCAUCCCUUACUACAUACUAUAAAGGAUUUCUGGAGAAUGAUAUGGGAUCAUAAUGCCCAGUUAAUAGUCAUGCUUCCUGAUAGCCAGAAUAUGGCUGAAGAUGAAUUUGUGUACUGGCCAAACAAAGAUGAGCCUAUAAACUGUGAGAGUUUCAAAGUCACUAUGAUUGCUGAAGACCACAAGUGUCUGUCUAAUGAAGAGAAGCUCAUAAUACAAGACUUCAUUUUAGAAGCUACACAGGAUGACUAUGUACUUGAAGUGAGGCAUUUUCAGUGUCCAAAAUGGCCAAAUCCUGAUAGUCCCAUUAGUAAAACUUUUGAACUGAUCAGCAUCAUCAAAGAGGAAGCUUCCAACCAUGAUGGGCCCAUGAUAGUACAUGAUGAGCAUGGAGGGGUGACAGCAGGCACUUUCUGUGCAUUAACGACUCUGAUGCAUCAACUGGAAAAUGAGAAUUCAGUGGAUGUUUACCAUGUAGCAAAGAUGAUAAAUCUGAUGAGGCCUGGAAUCUUUACAGACAUUGAACAGUACCAGUUUCUGUACAAAGCUAUUCUCAGCCUUGUCAGCACAAGACAAGAAGAAAACCCUUCAGCAUCCAUGGACAGUAAUGGCUCAGCUUUACCUGAUGGAAAUGCAGCUGAAAGUUUAGAAUCCUUAGUUUAAUUAGCACAUCAAAUCAAAUGUGCACAUCACUGCAUCACACCAAUCACACCUGGAGUUUACCAUUUUCAGUUUUAUACUUUGGGUGGGGAGAAUCUGUCCAAUCAGUAUAUGUAUAAUCAGACCCCAACCAUUGCUCAAACCAAGUCAUUUCUGUUAUAUACGACUUUACUGUGGAACUUUUAUCAUUAACAAUGUGUGCCUUUUCUUGAAAGAUUUCUUGUAAUACAUUGUUACAUCUGGACUAACUUGAUUGACUUUUAAAGUGUUUCUAAUAAUCGAAUUGUGGUAUGUUUUUUUCAGUAUUACUUUUUUUGAUUUAUCUGGCUUUACUUUUAACUUAAAAUUACCAUAUUUAUAGAUUUUAGGGAAUCCUCAAUUACAAACGUCAUGGGUUUAGUAUUUGGUUUAUUUGCUGUAUUUAUAACAAUUUAAAUUUGGUAGAAAUGCAACUUUUAAUAUAGUAGGCUGUAAAUAAAAUACCGUUCUACAUAACAUUCAACAUUUUAAGACUUCAGUUAGACAUUUAGAAUAGUAAUCUGAUAGUUACUGUAAAUACUGCUACUUCUGUAGUGAUCCAUGGACCAAAUUUAUAUUUAUAAUUGUAGAUUUUUAUAUUUUACUACAGAGUCAGUUUUCUAGUUCUGUGUAAUUGCCUUGUUAAAAUGAUGUAGUCAGUAUGUUUUUACUUUAACGAAGUCUUCUGAUAUAUAAUUGUGCAUCUUAAGCAAUCUACCUUCAUAUAACUGCAUGUGAUUUUAACUUUUUGUGGGAACUAGAAAUCUUUUGUUUUGAAAUGAAAACUUUUUAUGAGACUAACACUGUACUUGGCAUUGUUAAAUUGUUUUUACCCUGGUAUUGCAAAAAUAAAUAUAAAUAUUCCAAUC